AGCUUGUUGCGAGGGGGAUAUGAUCGUGAACGAGCGCGCAGUCAGGCUGGCUGAUACCGUUAGUCACGUCUGGGAUCUGCAGCGAUAGAGAGAGAGAGAUGCUGAGGUGACAGGGAGAGAGAAGUAGAAAAGGGACGAUUAAAUCAAACUCAUUAUGUCACUGCUGAAUUCACAUGUCUGUAUGUAAACCUCAGCUGCAGAAUCAACGUUGCAUGCAUAAUAACGCGCCCGCUGUGGAAUUCCACUCAAUGUCUCAACAUUCCGUCAAGACAAACAUAGAGGAUUAUUUGUAACCACGCCCGGCUCCUUUCGGAUCAAGGAUCGGAGCGGUCAAGGUCUCUACAGGAACCUGAUGCCCGACCCAAUCUAAUACGGCUGGUGGUAGUUAGCAGGAGUGGUAGCAGAGGAAGAACCACCGUGAGCAGCAGUCCACCGCAGGCGGGAUGAGUGCUGCAGCGAUGGACCAAGCUGACAUCCUCACUGUGCUUGUCCUGGUCAAGGAACGAUGGAAAGUGACAAAGAAGAUCGGCGGCGGUGGCUUUGGGGAGAUCUACGAGGCGUUGGACCUGCUGACCAGGGUCAGUGUUGCUCUGAAGGUGGAGUCGGCACAGCAGCCUAAACAGGUCCUCAAGAUGGAGGUGGCUGUCCUCAAGAAACUCCAGGGUAAAGAACACGUGUGUCGCUUUGUUGGAUGCGGCCGCAAUGACCGCUUCAACUAUGUGGUGAUGGAGCUUCAGGGGCGUAACCUGGCAGAGCUGAGGCGCAGUAUGACGCGGGGCACGUUUACAGUCAGCACCACCCUGAGACUGGGACGACAGACACUAGAAGCUAUAGAGAGCAUCCACUCUGUUGGCUUCCUGCACAGAGACAUCAAACCAUCCAACUUUGCCAUGGGCCGGUUCCCCAGUACCUGUAGGACCUGCUACAUGCUGGACUUUGGCCUGGCACGCCAGUUCACUAACUCCUGCCAAGAGGUCCGACCGCCUCGGCCAGUAGCAGGGUUCAGAGGCACAGUCCGCUAUGCGUCCGUCAACGCACACAAGAACAAGGAGAUGGGUCGGCAUGACGACCUGUGGUCCCUCUUCUACAUGCUGGUGGAGUUCAUGGUUGGACAGUUGCCAUGGAGAAAGAUCAAAGACAAGGAGCAUGUAGGGAAGUUGAAGGACACCUAUGACCACCGGCUCAUGCUGAAACACCUGCCUGCUGAGUUCACUGUCUUCCUGGAUCACAUCUCUAACCUGGACUACUUCACCAAACCAGACUAUCAGCUGCUGUUGUCAGUGUUUGACAACAGUAUGAAGACCUACAACGUGGUGGAGAAUGACCCGUAUGACUGGGAGAGGACUGGGUCUGAUGGUACUCUGACCAUCAACACUACAGCCACCACACCACAGCAUCACACACGACUCACCCCAGCACACAUGGGCAUGGCCAAUGCAUCCCUGAUCCCUGGGGACCUGGCGAGGGAGAACACAGACGAUGUUCUGCAGGACGAGCAGCUUAGUGAUAACGGGGAGAACAACCCUCCUCCAGACCGCCGCCCCGGAUCCCCCAGCAUGCCCCGGGCCAACCAGGAAGCUGACGUCUGGGAGGAGCUGGACCGUAACCGUAACCGCAUCAGGACCGCUGUGUGGAAGGCAGCAACAGAGGAGGAGCACAGCAACAACCAGGGGGGUCUCCAGAGCCCGUAUGCCAACCUCAGCCUGGGCUCCCCUGUCCGGGUACACUCUGAGAUAGUGGGGGUGUCAGGACAGGAUGGUGGUAGUCCUCUCCUCAGGAAGCUCCGUAACAUCCACAGCUUUGAGCUGGACAGGAGGCUGACCCUGGAGACCAAGCCCAGUCCUGAACGGUUCAUGGAGGCGUGUUCAGGGAAUCAGCUGGAGGGCUGUGGGGGGCAGCAGGAGAAGGGCCUGGCUGUACCCACUGGAGGUGCCACAGGACCAGGGCGUGGUGGCACUGACCGAGUCUGGCACAACGACGAGGAGUUCCUAUCCGGUGGCGGUGCCAGCGGUUCACCCAAACCCGUCUCCCCUCACUCCCACAGGUCUCUGGAACAGGGCAAGGGGGCCCCCAGCAGCGGAGGCUUCGUGGCCCUCAACCUGAGCUCCGGCCAGGGGAAGGAGGACUCCAGGGAGUGGGUGAUGAUGGAGAGGCCCAGCGGGUCCCCAGGGACAGGAAUGGGAGAUAAAGCUAUGACCAGCCCCUCCAAGGAGGAAGAAGAGGAGCUGCAGGUGCUGGAGGUACCCCUGGGGGCAGGAGAGGGGUCCACGGGGAACCCCAGUCCUGGUCAGAUCCAUGGGGACAGGGAUGGGGACCUCCAGGGGCAUCCAGGCGCCAGCGGACGACCCCCCAGGGUGGACAGGUUGGAACUGAGUGUGGGACCUAUGGGAAGCCUGCCCCCCGUCACCCCCUCUAGCCCUGCUGAUGCCCUGGCUGAGGGAGCACUCACACAGCUCCCUACCUCUCCUCCAUCUCUGCCUGAGGAGGUGUUGGCCAGGAUGUCCAGUCCCCUGCUCCUGCGUUCCCCAAGCCCGCACACCCAGACCCUCCUCACCACCCUGUCGGACCCCCUGCACCAGAGGGACCCCCCUGGGAUGAGUCGCAGCUACUCAGCCGACCACCACAACCAGUACCUCCUCCAUCCCACCUCCUCUUCCUCCUACCACGCCUCCCUACCGCCACCUCCUCACCCCGGCCUCGGUUCCGCCCAUAACCAAUCACCCUCCGGGCGCAGGAAACUGCCCGCUAUUCCGGCGGGCGCCGCCAGCAGCAAGUUCCCUUCCGUUAUACGCAUCACACGCGCCCAACUCCAGCAGCUGACAGCUCAGCAGUCCCCGUCUGGCUCAGACUGUGCUCCACAGGGCCUACAGCUGGAGAGACGAGAAGAUGCAGCAGCUGAGGCCCAGCAGCCCCAGGAUAAUACUGCUACCACUGACAUCUACAUCCUGCCCACGCCUAGCCACACCCCUAGCCAGCCCGGCAGCCCCACCAGCCUGGAUGACCUCCUGGCAGAUACCCUGAUCAACGGACGAGACACCCAGACCUACACCAAAGCCCACAGCCCUGUGCCAAGCCGAGCGUCCUCUCCUCGCUCCCCCCAUUCUCCUCGCUCCCCCCGUUCUCCUCGCUCCCCCCGUUCUCCUACCUCUCCCCAUCCUCCUCACUACCCCCGUUCUCACUACCCCCGUUCUCACUCCCCCCGUUCUCCUCGCUCCCCCCGUUCUCCUCGCUCCCCCCAUUCUCCUCGCUCCCCCCGUUCUCCUCGCUCCCCCCGUUCUCCUCGCUCCCCCCGUUCUCCUCGCUCCCCCCGUUCUCCUCAUUCUCCACGUUCUAAUUCCCCUCACUCCCCCCACAGCCCACUGUUAGGCCUAGUAAACGGCCAUCUCUCUCCCCCAGCUAACGGCCAGGGAGACGUCAGUGGCAGUGGAGCCUUUCCAGAGCUCAAAGACCCUGAGAGUGACCAACCCCAGCCUGACAGGGCAGAUGGGGUGGAGACUACUGACCAAACCCCAGCUCUGACCACCCCCUCUCCGCCACCCAGCCCCCGUAAGGACCCCUCCCGCAGGCUGAGCCGUAUCCCCGUCCUGCUGGACCUUCUCCCCACCCCUGGCUCUGCCAUGGAGAAGCUGCUCCAGAAGAAAGCCCCCCACCACCAGGGAGGAGGCCACCACCCAGCCCCCUCUCCCUCUAUCUCCCACCGCGGCCCCGUCGUGGCCUCGCUCCCACACGGGGACCAGCUGUCCUCCGCCUCAGACCGCUCUGAGAAGGCCGAUGAGUCGUUCCUGGGCUCGCGCUCUGACUGCCAGGGGAAUGACGCCCCCUCCCUCUCCUCCUCUUCCAGCCCCUUGUUCCGUAAGAGCAAGAUCCCACGCCCUUUUAACCCUACCAACCCGGCCCCAGAGCAGGAGAGUGCUGCACAGUACCUUCCACGUCCACCCCCGGGGAGACCACCCAGUCGGCUUGCAGCGGAGGGCAGACUGAAGCGUUAUCGGAUCCGAGCGGGCAGCACAAGGGACUCAGACCUCCUGACCUGUCUGUCCCAGCUGAUGCACCAUGGUCAGGGUGGUGGAUCUUCCCGUGGUUCCCCCCACCACGGCCACUCCUCAGCCCAGCUUGUAGGCUCCCGGAUGGGCAUGUGUAGCCUGACCAGCUCCCCCCACCACCAUCACCACCGGAGCUCCAGUGCCUCCCCACGCAGCUGUUCCUCUCUACAGCGCUCUGUCUCCUCCUCCCCCUCUCGCCACGAACACCGCGGGGGAGAGCGAGGCAGAGGGGUUUGUUUCGGUCGCUCCUGUUCUCCUCCCAGCUUCUCUGGGUCCCCCCCUCCUCCCCGGCGCUCCUAUCCCCACCAUCAGGAGAUUUGCUGCUGCCGCCAGGCCCGCACCGGCUCCCACCACCACCACGCCCUCAAGUGGAAAGGCUGCAGCCGCGAGGAGAGAGAGAGGAAGUGCUCCAGCAAGCUGAGCAGCAGAUAGUGGGUCACUGCUCUGGCCCUGGUCCUAGCCUGACCCAUAGAAACCCCUGAGCCCGUUUAUUCAAGUGUCUCAGAGUAGGACUGCUGAUCUAGGAUCAGUUUGGCCUUUUAGGUAAUAAUGAAUAAGAUUACAUGUACAAUCGUAUUCAUUAUGACCUAAAAGGUUAGACUGAUCCUAGAUCAGUAGUUUUAUUGUGAGAGGAUUUACGAGUAUGGCCUGGGAGUCAGUGUCAUUGCCACAGCAGAGGGUGGGAUCAGGAUGUUGAUGCAGACCAAACGAUCCUGCUCUGGAUCAAUGAAGACCUGAGGCUUCUGUCAGAGAAUACUGAACAUAAUGUCCCCCUCUCUCCUCCCCUGUCUCCCCCUCUCCUCCCCUGUCCCCCCCUCUCCUCCUUCACACUUUCUUCUCUAAUUCCAACUAUUUGGUCAUUGUUUAGACCCUAAUUCAUAUGCCCACUUUAAUAGUUCAUACCUAAUGUGAAAAGGAUCUAUGUGCAUUAUGCUAUGUAUAAGAUGUUGGUGUUCUUGUGUUUUUUUUCCCCUCAUAUCAUCAGUGAACUGAACACACUUAGCCCUCAUUCAGAAUACUCUAGGUCAGUCAGUGGAUGAGCACUCAUUUAUUCAUCACUCACCAAUUUAAUAUAGACUCAGUCUAUGCUGUUUCCUCUGUACUGACCUGAGGAGUGCAAGGUAUAGCAAGUCUACAUUUAUGGCCAUGAAGCUCCAGAGAAAUGUACACUAUCUACAGAACCUAUUUAUUUACAUCUUGACACACUUGUCACACCAGGUACACACUAACUGAUGACAUCAUCGAUUGAUGUGUCCUCUCUCUCUCUCUCUCUCUCUCUCUCUGACUUCAGAUGUACAGUGAGUGUCAUUUAUUUCAAAGGCAUUUAAAGCAAUCAAUUGAUCAAUGAUAGAAGUGAUCAGUCUUUUGAGAAGGAAGUGAUCCUUCCUUUAAAACAAUCAUAUAAAAUGUGUGUGUGCUCACACACGUACUUGUGCCUAAUGUGUUGCCUGAUCUGGGGAAUCUAAAUGGCAAACUAAAUGUGUGAUUGAACACUAGUUACUGGGCCAUGAUUCCCUUUGUAUGUUCCUCUUCAGAAUGGAGUCUGACUUUGUGUCCCAAUGCUCUACCCUUCCUCCCUGGACUUAAUAGGAAAUUAAUGGUAUAAGAGAUAUGAUGGCAACCCUCCCUAACCUUGCCCAUGCUUACAACCAUCCAAUUCAUUUAAAUAUAUGGAAGGGGGGGGGGGGGGGGUUGGGAUACCUGCUGAGGAGGAUUGGGUUGCCUGCUGAGGAGGAUUGGGUUGCCUGCUGAGGAGGAUUGGGUUGCCUGCUGAGGAGAAUUGGGUUGCCUGCUGAGGAGAAUUGGGUUGCCUGCUGAGGAGAAUUGGGUUGCCUGCUGAGGAGAAUUGGGUUGCCUGCUGAGGAGAAUUGGGUUGCCUGCUGAGGAGAAUUGGGUUGCCUGCUGAGGAGAAUUGGGUUGCCUGCUGAGGAGAAUUGGGUUGCCUGCUGAGGAGAAUUGGGUUGCCUGCUGAUAACACUUAUGGUACUCAUUACUACACUAGUGGUGAAUACUAAGUUAUUAUUAUCAUUAAUGUAUAAUGUGUGCCUUGCCUUGGCACUUUGAGCAGCUUCUGGUUUCACUGCAAAGUAUGUUUCUCAUUUUUAUUCAAGGAGUCUAAUAAGACUAAUUUGUGCCAGCUGCAAAGACAGACAGUCCUCAUCAUGUGAUUGUAGCAGUCUUAUUCACUACAGACAGACAGUCCUCAUCAUGUGAUUGUAGCAGUUUUAUUCACUACAGACAGACAGUCCUCAUCAUGUGAUUGUAGCAGUCUUAUUCACUACAGACAGACAGUCCUCAUCAUGUGAUUUUAGCAGUCUUAUUCACUACAGACAGACAGUCCUCAUCAUGUGAUUGUAGCAGUCUUAUUCACUACAGACAGACAGUCCUCAUCAUGUGAUUGUAGCAGUCUUAUUCACUACAGACAGACAGUCCUCAUCAUGUGAUUGUAGCAGUCUUAUUCACUACAGACAGACAGUCCUCAUCAUGUGAUUGUAGCAGUUUUAUUCACUACAGACAGACAGUCCUCAUCAUGUGAUUGUAGCAGUCUUAUUCACUACAGACAGACAGUCCUCAUCAUGUGAUUGUAGCAGUCUUAUUCACUACAGACAGACAGUCCUCAUCAUGUGAUUGUAGCAGUCUUAUUCACUACAGACAGACAGUCCUCAUCAUGUGAUUGUAGCAGUCUUAUUCACUACAGACAGACAGUCCUCAUCAUGUGAUUGUAGCAGUCUUAUUCACUACAGACAGACAGUCCUCAUCAUGUGAUUGUAGCAGUCUUAUUCACUACAGACAGACAGUCCUCAUCAUGUGAUUGUAGCAGUCUUAUUCACUACAAGGAAAAGGAAGCCAAGUUAAUGUUUUUAUUUGAUUUAUUCAGACAAUAUUUGAAGAACGAUCAUUGUUAUUUAUGAUAUUAAAAAAAGGAAAUGUUUUAAACUAAAACGUAGAUAUCCUGUGUUGUAUAAAGUUUAGGACAGGUCCAACAUUUAUGUCAAAUAAUAUCAUACUAUUUAUGUCAGUUUCCCUCCUCCGGUCCUCCAGUACACGUUGUUGUAGCCCCGGACAAACACACCUGAUUUAGUUCAUCGAGGGCUUGAUGAUUAGUUGACAAGUUGAAUCAGGUGUGCUUGUCCAGGGCUACAAUAGAAAUGUGUACUGUUGUGGGUACUGGAGGACUGGAGUUGGGAAACACAGAUUUAUGUCAUAUAAAUAUCCUAUACCAAAUCAAUGUUUCAAACUUCCAAAGGAUAAAAAACAUGCGAAGAAGAAUGUUGUCUUUGCUUUGUAAUGACAUGUUUUGUGCACUAUUAUUUCAAACAGUUAAUGUAUGGUUUGAGAACCGACCCCAUUUUCUUUACUUCAUAAAGAUUCAAUGAACACUCAUUAAAAACCUCCCUCACCUAACCUUGGUUCUACCUACUACACCCUCUCCCUUAGCCUGAAUUCCAGACCUAGUUUUGUGCUGACAUUCCACUCGUUGUACUCUGUGUCAUUGUCAAGCAUUGGGAUGACAAGGAGUGGUAUGAUAGCUGAUACCUCUCCCCACCCCUCUGCUUGUAAUACACUGUGAUAUAACUAACUCAUGCUUCCAGCACUACUACGCCUUGCAUGCGCUGCCUACCGAGAAAAACAAUCAACCAAUCAGUGAAGUAAGCAGCAUACCAGUUCCCAUAAUGCACUGUGAUUGUCUGAAAGGGACUUAUGUUUGUUGGGUAGUACCACAUGUAUUUUGGUUGGAAUAUUUAAUUUGCUUAGAUUUCCCUUUCGUCUCAUGAUCUCGUUCACUCUUAUCGUCCCACUUGACCCACAGCAUUGGUCUGGUUUCCUAGCUCUCCAAUGCUCACAUCUUAGGAUUACUGUACUGACUCAUUACUGAUAUAAAAAAAACUUCUGUAUUUAUUUUACAUCUGUCUGAUUGGCUUAUUAUCAUGAUGUGACACAUGCAUCGUAGAGUCUGAUUGGCUUAUUAUCAUGAUGUGACACAUGCAUCGUAGAGUCUGAUUGGCUUAUUAUCAUGAUGUGACACAUGCAUCGUAGAGUCUGAUUGGCUUAUUAUCAUGAUUAGACACAUGCAUCGUAGAGUCUGAUUGGCUUAUUAUCAUGAUGUGACACAUGCAUAGUAUGGUCUGAUUGGCUUAUUAUCAUGAUGUGACACAUGCAUAGUAUGAAUAACGUGUAGAGGAAAAUAAUUGCCUUAAUCUAAAGUACUUUUAUCAUACAACCAUAAUCUACUGUAAUUCUGCAGUAUGAGAUGAACUAUAAUGAUCUACUGUAUGUCAAGUGGAUUGUUUUACUUGGUCCAUUGUGGUAGAUGGUAUUGGUACCUGCCUACAGUCUGGUGGCAUUCCAGGUUGUUUACAUUACAGACAUGUUGAUACAGAUCUGAUUGAACUAAGAUAGCUACAAAUGUGAAAGAGAGUAGUGUUUAACAUUGCAGGAACCCAUCAAUUACUUAAUGAUCUGUGCAAAGUGUAGGCAACCUCUCACAGAGCAAUGUGUAGGCAGCCUGGAACACCCCCUCUUUCUCACAGAGCAAUGUGUAGGCAGCCUGGAACGCCCCCUCUUUCUCACAGAGCAAUGUGUAGGCAGCCUGGAACACCCCCUCUUUCUCACAGAGCAACAUGUAGGCAGCGUGGUUCUCCCUCUCUGUCUCACAGAGCAACAUGUAGGCAGCGUGGAACUCCCUCUCUGUCGUCUCACAGAGCAACAUGUAGGCAGAGUGGAACUCUCUCUCUGUCUCACAGAGCAACAUGUAGGCAGCCUGGAACUCCCUCUCUGUCUCACAGAGCAACAUGUAGGCAGAGUGGAACUCUCUCUCUUGUCUCACAUAGCAACAUGUAGGCAGAGUGGAACUCCCUCUCUGUCUCACAGAGCAACAUGUAGGCAGCCUGGAACACCCCCUCUUUCUCACAGAGCAACAUGUAGAAAGCCUGGAACACCCCCUCUUUCUCACAGAGCAACAUGUAGGCAGAGUGGAACUCUCUCUCUGUCUCACAGAGAAACAUGUAGGCAGCGUGGAACUCCCUCUCUGUCGUCUCACAGAGCAACAUGUAGGCAGCCUGGAACACCCACUCUUUCUCACAGAGCAACAUGUAGGCAGCGUGGUUCUCCCUCUCUGUCGUCUCACAGAGCAACAUGUAGGCAGAGUGGAACUCUCUGUCUGUCUCACAGAGCAACAUGUAGGCAGCGUGGAACUCCCUCUCUGUCUCACAGAGCAACAUGUAGGCAGCGUGGAACUCCCUCUCUGUCUCACAGAGCAACAUGUAGGCAGAGUGGAACUCUCUCUUGUCUCAAAUAGCAACAUGUAGGCAGAGUGGAACUCCCUCUCUGUCUCACAGAGCAACAUGUAGGCAGCCUGGAACACCCCCUCUUUCUCACAGAGCAACAUGUAGAAAGACUGGAACACCCCCUCUUUCUCACAGAGCAACAUGUAGGCAGAGUGGAACUCUCUCUCUGUCUCACAGAGCAACAUGUAGGCAGCGUGGAACUCCCUCUCUGUCUCACAGAGCAACAUGUAGGCAGCGUUGUUCUCCCUCUCUGUCUCACAGAGCAACAUGUAGGCAGAGUGGUUCUCCCUCUCUGUCUCACAGAGCAACAUGUAGGCAGAAUGGAACUCCCUCUCUGUCUCACAGAGCAACAUAUAGGCAGCGUGGAACUCUCUCUGUCUCACAGAGCAACAUGUAGGCAGAGUGGAACUCUCUCUGUCUCACAGAGCAACAUGUAGGCAGCGUGGAACUCCCUCUCUGUCUCACAGAGCAACAUGUAGGCAGAGUGGAACUCCCUCUCUGUCUCACAGAGCAACAUGUAGGCAGCGUUGUUCUCCCUCUGUCUCACAGAGCAACAUGUAGGCAGCGUGGUUCUCCCUCUCUGUCUCACAGAGCAACAUGUAGGCAGCGUGGUUCUCCCUCUCUGUCUCACAGAGAAACAUGUAGGCAGCGUGGUUCUCCCUCUCUGUCUCACAGAGCAACAUGUAGGCAGUGUGGAACUCCCUCUCUGUCUCACAGAGCAACAUGUAGGCAGCGUGGUUCUCCCUCUCUGUCUCACAGAGCAACAUGUAGGCAGUGUGGAACUCCCUCUCUGUCUCACAGAGCAACAUGUAGGCAGUGUGGAACUCCCUCUCUGUCUCACAGAGCAACAUGUAGGCAGCGUGGUUCUCCCUCUCUGUCUCACAGAGCAACAUGUAGGCAGUGUGGAACUCCCUCUCUUUCUCACAGAGCAGCUAUGAUGGGACUCAUCCCAAGGCAGACACAGACGGUGUUCAGUCAGUCAGUCGCCUUAAACAUGUGUUUUCUCCUCUCUUCCCCUGGCUGUGUGUAAAGCAAGGGAUAACUGAACUGUGUCUGUCUGUCUACUCUGUGCUGAGGAUCACUCCACUGCUUAGCCCCAACCUACCGUCAGGUUCCUCCCAUAGGCUGUAUAGGGUUCUCCCUUUCCCUCUUUGACAGGUGUGUUCAAAUCAAAUGUUAUUUGUCACAUGCGCCGAAUACAACAGGUGUAGACUUUACUGUGAAAUGCUUAUUUACGAGCCCUUUCCCAACAAUGCAGUCAAAAAGUAAGAAUAAUUAGCAAAAUAUAAAGGGAAUAGUAACACAAUAAAAUAACAGUAACGAGACUAUAUACAAGGAGUGCCAGUACAGAGUCAAUGUGCAGGGGUACGAGGUAACUGAGGUAAUAUGUACAUUUAGGUAGGGGUAAAAGUGACGAGGCAAUCGGGAUAAGAUAAUAAACAGAUUAGCAGCUGUGUGUGUGUGUGUGUCUGUCGUCAUUAUGCAUGUGUGGGUGUGUGUGUGUGUUCUGCCUUUAUAGAUCUGUGGGAACUAUUUCUCCAGCAAAUUAGCAUCAGAUAGAUUGCUUUGCUUUCUGUUGGCAGCUCUGUUCUUAUUGGCUCGUUUGGCCCAAUCAAGUUGUCCAUUAACUGGACAGAAUGCGUGACUUCAACGUCAGUAACAAUUUGACCAGUGAGCUGUGUCUGGAUUCUGGAAUCAGAACCGAGGUUGAGUGUUCUAAGGGUUUUAAAUUCCUCUUGGUUGUAUGAUAAAGGUCUGUUUUUACAUCCAGAGAUUGUGAUGUAAACAUCCAUAUAGUACCACACCAAGCAGUAUUGCGAUAUCUUUUCAAUUCUAGGCUAUAUUCGGUACUUCCAUAAGCUAACUAACUGCAACUUUUUAAUAUAUAACUGUAAAAAGUGAAAAGUAUUCAUUUCAAAGAUCGUCUUGAUGAACCAUCACAUAUUGCUUCAGUAAUGGCUUCAGUAAAGAGCUAAAGGAAUAAACAGUGAUGCCAAUAAUCAAUCCAUUAAUUAUAUUUGUAUUUUAUUGUUAUUAUUGCACAAACAAAGUGGUAUAUUGUUACUUUCCUGACUGAGAUUUUGAUUUGUCACUGGUGACAUGGUGGUGGGAUUGUACAGGUGUCACGAAGCUGUCAUAGCAUGCCUGUAUCUGUGCUCCAAUGAUUGUACUCAUUCAUGGCCAGGCCACAGAUACUGUGUUGUUGGAGGUUUUGGGACAAUAGGCUAAACAGCUAAAAACAACAUCAACAAACAACAACAAAUUGAUAUAUUGGGUGUAUGGAUGCUCAUUGUUGCCUGUGUGACUUCAGUGUUAGAUAUUUCUUGAAAUGGUUCACGUUUUGGUCCUGUGCUGCAACGGUUUAGAAAUAUGUGUAGAUUCAGAAGGAAAGACUGUAACAAGGGGAAGAUCUACAUUGUACAUAACUGUAAUUAUUUAUGUUUAUUUUAUCAUACCAUAUCAAUGCCUUGUACAGUGUGUUUUUUUUCAGUUCAUUUAAAAUGAUUUUGUAUUUUAUUUUUAUAAACUGGUUAUAAAUAAAAUACUCAUUCAGCAUGCAGAAAAUAAUA